UUACAAUAAAUCACUAAUAAAUAAAUAAAAUUAUAUAAAAAGGCAAAGUACUAAACAAAAACGUUAUCAAUCCAAAAUAUCCACUCCAUCCAUUGCAUCUUCCAACUCCACUGCGGCGUUGAAACUUCAAGCAUGGAACAAGGAAAGCAGCAGCAAAGAACGAUGGCGUUGUCGUCCAAGGGUUUACCGCACCAAAUUCAAAACCCAAUCACCCAAAUUCAAACACGCUUUAAAAACAUCGAAAACGGUGUCAAGCUUUGGCUCUCCAAACAGUCUAUCGCCGUUGAAGCCGCCGUCGUUGCCACCACCAGCGCCGCUCAAGGCGCUGUUAUGGGUGCCUGCAUGGGUACUUUCACCAGCAACGCUCCCGCUGCUUUCGCUCCACCUCCUAACGCGACUCUCAGCCCUCAAGCCAUGGCUUCUCUUAAACAAGCACAGGCUCUUGCUGGAGGUCCUUUGAUUCAGGCUCGAAACUUUGCUGUUAUGACUGGAGUGAAUGCUGGUAUUUCUUGUGUUUUGAAAAGAUUAAGAGGAAAGGAAGAUGUUCAAUCCAGCAUGGCGGCAGCUUUUGGUUCCGGGGCCUUGUUUACAUUGGUAAGUGGCAUCGGUGGUGGAUCAAAUCAAGUAGCAAAUGCAGUGUCAUCUGGACUAUUCUUUGCACUUGUUCAAGGUGGUAUUUUCCAGAUAUCACAAAAGUUUUCUCAACCACCUGUUGAAGAUACUCACUAUGCUAAAACAAGAAGCAUGUUGAACAACCUUGGUCUUCAGAAUUACGAAAAGAAUUUUAAGAAAGGCUUAUUAUCAGACAACACAUUGCCUUUACUCAAUGACAGUGCUCUCAGAGAUGUGAAAAUUCCUCCAGGACCCAGACUUUUGAUUCUUGACCACAUCCAGAGUUUCUCCAGGGAACAUGAUUCGAGAGAGAAGCACGGAAGCCAAGCCGCCGUUAACUGACAGCGUAGUCUUCUACCUCCGAACUAUGAGUGGUGAAAAGCAUUAGUAUAGGGAGUUUGUAUUGCAAAUGAAUUGUCAUUUUUGUUUAUUAUGCUUUAUGUUCCAUUGUUGUUGCCGAGUACUUGAGAAAAUUUGGUUAACUAGUCAUAUAUUUUUGUUGCCCUCUGGGUAAAAGUAAUGAUGGAGCCUGAAUUUGUUCACUUUUUUACAUAAGCAAAGUAUUUGGGAAGAACUAUUAACGAC